GAGGCCAUGACUGGUAAAGGCCAGGGGAGGAAAUUUGGCCAGGACACUGGGGUAACAACCCUACUGAAUAUGUUGGAAUAAAGACCCAUGUACAUUGUAGAUCAGUAGAUCAGUCCAAAUCAGUAGAAGUAAGAAGAAUAUACAAGAAAGUACUUAAAACUCUUGCAUUUGUUUACUACAAAAAAAUUUAAAAUUAGCAUUUUCAUAAAAUAUUGCAAUUUAAGUUGGUCAUUAUGCCAUCCUCUUUUGCCACAGUGGGCACCUGAAUGAUUGAAAAGGGCAGAGCUAAUGUCUUAAGUCUAAUAAUUAUUAGGGGGAAAAAAUUAAAAAUAUAUAUAAUAGUGUAUGGUUAAAUUUUUCAGAAGCUCAAAGACUGGAUUUAUUGAUUCUUAAACUUGUUUUGUACCAGUGUGUUAGUAUCUAAAUGUUUUUCAGCAAAAAAAGAGGACGUGCUGUGCAAAGUAAUCCGUUGUAUAUCAAAUAUUCACCAAAACGGAUAAAUGCAACAAUGGAAUAAACUGACUAUAUCCCAUUCAUUAAUUUUUCAUGUAUCAGGAGAUAUAUAAUCAAAGAUAAACAGAUAUCAUUUAAAAUUUAUUUAGUAAAAAAAAUACAUUACGAUUUAAAACAGUACUGGGUUAAUAGCUAUUCUUGCGUUAUCCAAUGGAUUGCUCAGGAUUUAAAUGACGUAACAAAAGCGCGCAAGAUACGAUCUCCAUGUGCACACGCAGCCUGUCUAAAUACACGUCCUGUACACAUUGUAGCAACAUGGUAUUAUGUUUAGUAAUAAGAUAUCACAUUGUUUUACUUAAAAUAUCAAUAUAUAUGAGUCGUUAAAACUAAGUUUCAGUCUCAAUUGAAUUUAGAUUAAAUAAUAUCUUUGGAUACCGAGAAAAUGAUUUAGAUUUAAGUUGAAUAAAGCUUUUUUUUUUCAGUUUGAUCAAAUAUGCAGUACUGUAUAUGUGAUUGCUAGUAUGUCUUUUAGCCGCAAAUUCCUCGAUGUCGUUUUUAUUCCGCCGGACCGGUAUUAAAAGAGUCCACAAUGCUCUGCGAGUACUAAGGGAAGAAACCGAAAGCGAAAGGACGAGGAGGCUGAACUGAGCGAAGUGGUUUUUGAUCGAGUUUGCAAGUUUAUAUGGUGGUAACGGUGCAUCGUGACAGAAAUUAAGGGAAAACAAGGAGUGCAAUAAGGCAUUCUUUGCAUUAUAAGGUACCAUUGUAUCUGCAGUGCAUAUCGUAGUACGUUUAUGACGGGAUAAUGAGAGUGAUUGUGAUGAUAUGCGGACUGCUGGUGGCAGUGAACGGACAGGUCGAAGGUGAUGAAUGGAUCGAUCCCACUGACAUGCUUAACUACGACUCUACUUCAAAAAGUAUGAGAAAAGCAGACGAAUCAAAAGAACAUGAUGACACUGCUGAAAAUAUUUGCAUAAAAGACCAUAAGGAGUGCAAGGAUAAAACUAAUCUGGUCAUCCGUCCUAAUCCAUCUGCGUGCUGUCUGAAGCUAUCCAUUUUACAGCAACAGGUUGAAGAGCUGAAAAACAUAGCUGUAGAUUUAAAGACAGCAUCUGGCUACAACUCAGUCUUCGAAAGAAAGUUGGAUGAACUGAUAGAGAGCAUCCAAAAGCUGGACUUCCACCAGGAAGAAGACUAUCACAGUACCUCAUAUGAAUGGCUCUUAGUGUUUGCUGAGCAGUGUGAAAGAAUUUUGUCAACAUGGAGUUCAACAGUUCUCACAUUUGUUUGGGACUCAUCAAUACAUAACAUUUAUCCCAUUUUUACGGAUAUCCUGAAAUGUUAUGAAUUCUGGGCCUUUCCUGCUUUUGUCACAUCUUUAUUGGCAUUUGUUUGUAUAAAACGUCUCUUUAGACGAUGUCAAAGGCAGCUCUACCAUCAUCAGGAAAAUGUGCCUCUUGAGCAUGAAGCAGCCCAAAGCGUUCAAGCUGCUGAUGAAUAUCGAGACAACCAAAACGGAGACCACUUGCCUCCUGCUGAAGAAAAUCAUCAAAGUAUGGAUCACACGUCCAACAUGUCUGCUGAGAAAGCUGUUUGUGAAAUACAAGAUGAAAGGAUUGAUGGAGGGGAAGCUUCCUGUAGACGUUCUGGAGACCAACUGUCCAACAGCUCUUUCACCAAGACAGAUGAGUCCAAGCAGACUGUUUCCCAUUAUGAAAGUACAGACCUGCCUCAGGGAGAUGCAAAUACUAAUGUUUCAAAAUAUCCACCCGACGGUAUUCAAGAUGAUGGAUUCACAAAGUCACCCGUACCAGAAACACAGCCUUUCAUAUAAUAAUAUACAUAAUUUAAUUUGAUACUGUUUGUACAGAUUAUAUAUUGGUACAUUUCACAAAUGUAUAUAAAGGAAACGUUUUAUACCUUCA